AUGCAAUUCUCAUCUCUUUCAGCAGUGGCCCACGUGCUUGCGCUUCUCCCGCUGGGGGAAGCAGCAGACGAGUGCCAGCCUGCUACCUGGGUAGCGAAGCGCGACCUUGCAAACUUUCCGUCGCCUACCGCGGGGGAGCGGCCUUACGUUACUCCUCUAGUCACCCGAGAUAUCGGCGAGGCGCUCCCUGGGGAGGUUGUCUGCCGCUCCUGGGGUGAGACGGAUGAGGAGGUCAACUACUACACCUGCACAGAACUAGCCGACUUCCACUGGAUUGACAUCGAGACCUUCUUCAAGCUGAACCCAGAGAUCAACGACGACUGCAGCAAUAUUCAGCCUAAUACUGAAUAUUGCACUGAUGGCUGGAUAGAACCACUGCGAAACAAAGACGGCCGCUGCGGUCCCCAUUUCGGGCAUGCCUCCUGCGCCUACUCUGACUUUCCUUGCUGUAACUCAGAGACCUGGACUUGUGGCAUAACGCUUGAGGACUGCGCUGACGGUACCUGUUAUGAGGGCCUCUGCCCUGGCCACACCGUGUAUACCACCGACGGGAAGUGCGGCCUGGCUCAUGGAAUGCAGCAGUGUGCCGGCAAGUGGGGAGACUGUUGUAACAUGAACGGCGAGUGCGGCACUGGCCCCGACUUCUGCGGCCUGGGCAAGUGUCAACUCGGCAACUGCACUACCUCAGCGCUGCCGCCGCAAGGCACCUCAAUACCGGUGUUCACGUUCACGCCGGGAACUCCUAACGCACCUACGACGACGGCCGCAACAGCUACAGGCACGACGAGCACCGCGGGAAUCUCUACGUCAUCUGCGGCCUCCCCGGCCUGUACGGGGGGCACGAGAGCCGAGGGGGUGUCGGACAACUUGAUAGGUCUCUGCUCAUACAGCUGUGAUUUCAAUCAUUGUCCCGCGGGUGUCUGUGUUUGUACUGGCCCUGCGUCCGAGCCCGCGGCGAUCCCGGAGUUGACUGAUCGCCACGGCUGCCCGGAUGACAAUGUUGCCGGAGGCCCGGACAAUGCCUACUAUGUGGAUCUGUGCGAGUUCACAUGCAGCCAUGGGUAUUGCCCUCCUGGAGCUUGCAAAUACUGCUAA